AUGUUAAAUCUGAGCGUGGUUCUGUGGAAAUACUUACAUUCCAGAAAACCACCCGUUGGAAGGAGCGAGUAUGGCCGCGUCAAAGUGGCGUUGUUACCUGGGAAAGGUCUCAUGGAUUGGGUACGGUUGGCUUCAGGGAAGAUACUUGCCAAGAAGAGGAUGUCCGUAGAUCAUGAAGAACUUGUAAAACAUAAUAAAAGAGAUGAUUGUUGGAUACAUAUUUUUGGACAGGUCUAUGACGUUACGUCGUAUUUGGAAUUUCAUCCCGGAGGUGUGCCAGAGCUUAUGCGUGCAGCUGGUACUGAUGCCACUGAUCUCUUCAACCAGUACCAUGCAUGGGUUAACUACGAGAAUAUGCUGAAGUCGUGUCUCGUUGGGCGAUUUACGGGAGAUCUCUCUAAAUUGCCGCAGCCAGGUCCGCCUACGACAGAGCAGCCGGAGUCUAUUUCAGAGAAACGAUCCAUAUCCCAUGAUACGCUGUUGUUCGUCCUGCGUUUACCUGAAGGAUUAUUCUUUCCCAUAGCCACAGGUCAACAUGUAUCCUUCAGAGUUAGGAAAGGAUGUAGGUUUUCUCGAAUAUCAUUCGUUAUUUACCGACCUUAUACGCCGGUUAGUUGUGAAGAUUCCGAGAAGAUUGAGAGUCAGGGGAUCUGCACGCCUUCCUUGAGAGCUCUGAACGUUGGGGAUUCUAUAGAGAUCAGUGAACCGAUAGGAAACGUUGAUUUAUCGUCAUGGGUUAGCCCACAGUAUGACGUACUGAUGUUAGCGGCAGGCACAGGCUUGACGCCAAUGGUUAAUGUACUCAGAGCACGGUUAAAGAAAAUGGCUGAUGAAGCAAACCAAUACUGUUAUUUUUUUAUUAUUAUUUUAGAAAUAACACUCAAUUAUUACUCGAUGAUUGGUUACCAAUGCGAUGAGCACAUCCUUAGUAGUCCAUCUGAAGAAUGGAAUGGACGAAGAGGGCGAAUAGACUCUAGCAUGUUACCAAUAGCUCAGGAAUCAUUACGGGUAUUAAUAUGUGGUCCGGAUGGAUUUAAUGCCACAAUCUUGUUAAGGUUGUUACUAGAUGCCGGCUACAAAAGCGAAAAUAUUCACAUUUUUCAAGGAUAG